AUGGAUAGAAAAUCUGCUAGAAUAAAAGCAGAGUUGCAAAGAUAUGGUUGGAAAGUUUCAAAGAAGUUUAAAUAUAGGAAGGGAAGACCCAUAAAAGUCUAUGACAAACUGUCUGGUCUUCGCUACGAAAUGGACUUAGAAACAGCACGCGCAAAUUAUCCAAACAGACUAGAGAGGUUAGAAGAAGAACGUCUUAUGAACUUGCCUUUCAAUGUUAGUGAACCUCAAGUUGAAGGACACGACGGCUUUGCCAGAUUCUAUUGGAAACAUGACGAACAAUUGCAUCCUUUGAGAAGGAAAAAAGGAAAAGGUGAAGACGCACAUGCUCCCAUGGAAAGAACAAGAUAUGCAUAUGAAAAGUAUCGUGAAGUUAGAAGUCAAAUUACAUCUGGUCGAACCUUUACAGUAAACUUUGACGAAGGAAAGAACAAAGAAGGCUUCAUGGGUGUACUUGCUGCAAUUCAAGAUGGAAAUAAGAAAGGAUACAAUCUCAGACUAACCGUAACAGAUUUAGAUGGUCAUAUUUACUAUGCACAUGGCAAUGAACAAACAGCCGCAAAACUUCUUGACGCUUUCAAGACUACAAAGAGAGAACAAAUGGUUGACUCCGACUCAGACAUUUUGAAUGCAAUUGAAGGAAUUGUAAGUGUCAAGUUCGAAUGGUACCAACAUAACCCUCAAGCAGUCAGACAACAUGUUUGUUAG